CCCAGGGCAAUAUCCUAAAUCAUCUCGAUUAUUAAGCUCAACGUUAAUUAAUUUAAUAAUGGAGGGUUCAGGUUUAACUGCCACUCGAACAUUAAGUUACUUGUUGAUGUUGUUGAUGUUGGCUGCAACCUCAGAGUCAGCGAGAGGCCAAGGCACAAGAGUAGGGUUCUACUCUCAUACUUGUCCUCGAGCUGAGUUCAUCGUGAGGUCAACAGUUACAGCUCAUUUCCAAUCUGAUCCUACCAUUGCCUCUGGCCUGCUGAGGAUGUAUUUUCAUGAUUGCUUCGUCAAUGGCUGUGAUGCUUCCAUCCUCAUCGAUGGUCCAACAGCCGAGAAAACCGCCCCUCCAAACCUCAAUUUAAGAGGAUAUGAAGUGAUUGAUGAUGCCAAGGCACAGCUUGAAGCCGCAUGCCCAGGGAUUGUCUCUUGCGCAGAUAUUCUUGCCCUAGCUGCACGUGAUUCUGUGGUUCUGACCAACGGACAAAGUUGGCCAGUGCCUACAGGACGCAGGGAUGGGAUGGUUUCCUUAGCAUCUGAUACAGCCAACUUGCCAGGCUUUACUGAAUCAAUGGAUUCGCAAAAACAAAAGUUUGCAGACAAGGGGCUAAACACGCAGGAUCUUGUUGCCCUUCUUGGAGCACAUACAAUAGGAACAUCGGCUUGCCAGUUCUUCAGUUACAGAAUAUUCAAUUUCACAACUACUGGAAAUGGUGCGGAUCCUGCGCUUGACCCAUCAUUUGUUCCUCAGCUACAAACUCUCUGCCCGCAAAAUUCUGAUGGUACGAGGCGCAUUGGAUUAGACACAGGCAGUGCCGACAAAUUUGAUGUAUCUUUUUUUGCAAAUUUAAGAAAAGGCAGAGGAAUUCUCGAGUCCGAUCAGAUGCUAUGGACUGAUGCUACAACAAAACCCUUUGUCCAACGUUUUCUAGGUGGUAAAGGCCCUUCUGGAUUGAACUUCUAUUUGGAGUUCGGAAAGUCCAUGGUGAAGAUGAGUAACAUUGAUGUGAAAACCGGCACACAAGGUCAAAUUCGAAAAGUAUGUUCUGUGAUAAACUGAUAUGAAAACCGUCACAUAAAUAAUACAGUAUGCAAAAGCUGUUGUAAAACCUUUCUCGUUUUUCGUCUGGUUGUGUACCUGUUCAUGACAUAUGAAAAACAAGUAUGUGAUACUAGUAAUCUGAACAUGCAUGAUAUCUCAAUAAUAUAUCAAUUAGGGAUGAACUGUCAAA